AUGUACAGUAAUACUUUAGAAUCUUUUCCUUUUUCACAAGGACCAUCAGUUCCACAAGGAACUGUAAAUCAUUUUAAUUCAUUUUCUUUUAUUGAACAAUCUAAUUUUCUAUCUUCUAAUCAUGGUUAUCCUCAAUCAACUGAACAUAAUCACUGGCUUCCGAAUUCUUAUACCCCUGAAUUGCAUCAUGUUCCAUCAUGUAAUGCUCCAACAGCAGGCUUUGAAAAUUUAAUAAUGCCUGAUGCAGCAUCCUUAUCUAAUAAUUCACAUAUAGUACUUCCAAAUCAUAGAAAUGCUCCUAUUCAAAUGCAAGCAAGUACACAAGUAUGGAAUACCCAAAAUACCUUAUCAAUGAAUCAAUUUCAUUUAAAUAAUACAUUUUCUUAUACUCCAAAUACAAAUUUUGGAUUAAGAAGAACAACAUAUACAAAUAUGUAUAAUCCAAAGUUUAAUACUCCUCUUCAUGUCUUCCCAAAUAUAGAAAAUGAGGAAAAAAAAGUUGAGGAUGAAAUUAACAAAUUAUUAAUAUGCCCUACAUGUGGUAAACAAUAUUGUAGGAAAAGUACAUUAAAGGCUCAUAUGAAACAACAUUUUUCUGGUGAAAAACCAUUUACUUGUGAAGUUUGUGGAAAAUCAUUUAGUCAAGCAGCUAAUUUAACAGCACAUCGAAGAGUACAUACAGGAGAAAAACCAUUUACUUGUAAAAUUUGUUCUAGAUCAUUUUCACAAUCAUCAAGUUUAACAACACAUUUAAGGACUCAUACUCACGAUAGACCAUACAGAUGCAGGCAUCUUCAUUGUGAAAAGGCUUUUACUGACAGUUCAACUCUUACGAAACAUAUGAGAACUCAUACAGGUCAAAAACCAUAUGCUUGUACUUUAUGUUCUAUGCGUUUUUCACAAUCUGGUAAUCUUCAUCGGCAUAUGAAGACACAUAAACAACAAUAA